AUGAAAAAUAAAUCAUCGGAUAAUUUAAAAUUACUGAUUUAAACGAAAAAACAUUGUAAUGUUUUAAUACAAUAUUUUAGGUCAUGGCAUGGAAAAACAAAUUUUGUGUACGAUUAAUUUUAUAAAAAUAAAGUAGGGCUAUCUAAGAUCUCUUGUGAGGUUGAAUAUACUAUAUAAUUAAAUUAUCAUUAAUGUAAUAUAGCAUUUGAAUAAAUAUUAGAUGAAGCAGACUAAAAGAAAAUAGACUUUACACUCAAAUUAUAAAAUGAGAAAAGUUAUGAUAAAAAAUGCGAAAUUUAAAUAAACUCAGAAUAUUAGAAUUAUUUAUCAAGCAUUUAAGAAUAAAUAUUGCUUUAGAGUACUUUUUUAAAUGUAUUAUCUCUUAUAUGAUUUUGCUGUGUAAAAAAAUUGAUUAAAAGAGUUGAAAGAGAUUAUGAAAAUUCUAUUGCUUAAAGAGUAAAUCUAAUUAUUUUAUUUAGAUUUCUAUUCUCUGUUUAGGUUUUGUGUCAAUUUUUAAUUCAUUCAUAGCAUUUGAAAAUAUUCGUUUACCAUAUACAGGAGACGUAUAAAUUUAUAAUUACAUCAUAUUAGUAUUUCGAAUAUGUUAUUUUACUUGCAUUUUUCUUUUUUUGCCUUAUUUUCAGCAUUAAUGUAUCAUUAUUUUGGGUCAUUUCUAGAAAAAGAGUUUAAUCUUAAAACUUAAGUUUAAUAAAAUUUUUCAUUAAAUAUGUUCUUAUAUAUUGUAAGAAUUUAUUAUUAUUAUUCAAUAGGUAUUUCAUUCUAUAAUUUGUUUGAUUUAUUAUAAAAAUAUAAAUAGUAGAAUUCAUUUUUAUUGAUGAUAGGAUUCUUUAUGACUCCUUAAAUUAUACACAAUAUUAGAUUAGGAACUAAUCCAAAAUUCAUACCAGAAUAUAUAUUUGGAUUGUUAUCUAUCAAUAUUGCUGCUCCUGUAUAUUAAUAUAAUAGUAUAAGGUAUAUUUCAAAGGAUUUACCUUUAAUUUUGGAACAUCAAAACUAUAACUUGAAUUUUGUAUUUGCUGGGUUUUAAUCUACUUGGUUUAAAUUUUUAUAUUGUAUAUCCAAUAUAAAAAGGGUCCUCGUAAAAUUAUACCAAGAUGUUUAUUACCAAAAUAAUACAAUUAUUAUUAAGAUUAUAGACCAUAACAACUUGAAGAAGCUUGCACAAUAUGUUUGUUACAUUUAAUGAUUGAGCCUGAUUAAUAGGAAUAAGAUUUAGACAGACUUUAAUUUAGUAGAAAACUAAUGAUUACACCCUGUGGACAUAUAUUUCAUCCUUCAUGUUUAUAAAGUAGGAUGGAAAUAAAAUUAUUUUGUCCUACUUGCGGAAAUGCUAUUCCUCCAUUUUAUGAAUGA